GGUCUUUGAAAGCAAAACACUGCAGGAUCCAGGCAGCGCCGAGUUGGGGAAGGAAUUAAGGGGGCUGUGCCUCCGGUUGCGCGAAGAGUCAAAGUCAUUUCUCUGAAACCUCUGAUAGGUGGGCCUUGGAGGAAACGCCGCGGAGCACUGCAAGGUUCAGAAACACAUUCCUGGGUGUCUGCUUGGGAGAGACAGAAGUUGGCGCUUUUCUGAGCGAAGAUGAGGAGAGAGCAGUAAACCAGCCGGAAGAGCCCCGAAGUGCAGUUCUGGUGUGAGACAGAGAUGGCUGGCCGGAGGGGGUGAACACCGCGAGGGGAGACGGCUUUCUGCCCGCGUCCCGCUUAGAGCAGCCCCAGCCCCCGAGCCAGGCCUGCGGAAUGCACCCUUAGACGCCAUGGACGGAGCCCACAGCGCGGCCCUGCACCUGCAGCAGCUCCCGCCCACCAGCAGCACCAGCCCCCCGAGCCAGGGCUCCUUCUCCUACAAGGAAAACCUGAUCGGCGCCCUGUUGGCGAUUUUCGGGCACCUCGUGGUCAGCAUUGCACUUAACCUCCAGAAGUACUGCCACAUCCGGCUGGCGGGCUCCAAGGACCCCCGGGCCUAUUUCAAGACCAAGACAUGGUGGCUGGGCCUGUUCCUGAUGCUACUGGGCGAGCUGGGCGUGUUUGCCUCCUACGCCUUCGCUCCGCUCUCGCUGAUCGUGCCCCUCGGCGCGGUCUCCGUGAUCGCUAGCGCCAUCAUAGGAAUCAUAUUCAUCAAAGAAAAAUGGAAACCGAAGGACUUUCUGAGGCGCUACGUCUUGUCCUUCGUUGGCUGCGGGUUGGCUGUGGUGGGCACCUACCUGCUGGUGACGUUCGCACCCAACAGUCACGAGAAGAUGACCGGCGAGAACAUCACCAGGCACCUCGUGAGCUGGCCUUUCCUCCUGUACAUGCUUGUGGAGAUCAUUCUGUUCUGCUUGCUGCUGUACUUCUACAAGGAGAAGAACGCCAACAACAUCGUCGUGAUUCUCCUCUUGGUGGCGUUACUCGGCUCAAUGACGGUGGUGACAGUGAAGGCCGUGGCCGGGAUGCUCGUCUUGUCCAUCCAGGGGAACCUGCAGCUCAACUACCCCAUCUUCUACGUGAUGCUCGUGUGCAUGGUGGCAACCGCCGUCUACCAAGCCACGUUCUUAACUCAAGCCUCACAGAUGUACGACUCCUCUCUGAUUGCCAGCGUGGGCUACAUUCUGUCCACCACCACCGCCAUCACCGCAGGCGCGGUGUUCUACCUGGACUUCCUCGGUGAGGACGCGCUGCACAUCUGCAUGUUUGCGCUGGGGUGCCUCAUCGCAUUCUUCGGCGUCUUCUUAAUCACACGGAACAGGAAGAAGGCCGUUCCAUUUGAGCCCUAUAUUUCCAUGGACGCCAUGCCAGGUCUGCAGAACAUGCAUGACAAGGGGAUGGCCGUCCAGCCCGACCUCAAAGCUUCUUUUUCCUACGGGGCACUGGAAAACAACGACAACAUCUCCGAGAUCUACGCUCCUGCCACCCUGCCCGUCAUGCAAGAAGAGCACGGCUCCAGGAGCGCCUCCGGCGUUCCCUACCGAGUCCUGGAGCACACCAAGAAGGAGUGAGCCCACCUCGAAGGGGAUCCCCUACCUCCCCUCCACUUACAGCUGCUCACGCCGUGCUGUCAGUGGUCCAGCUCCCAGUUCUAAAACUUGCCUUUCAAGUCUAAUCUUUGUAAACCGGGAACUGUGCUGAUGGGGAUCUUGAAAAGGCUUUGUCUCUGGCAGAGGGUGUUACCUUGGUCUUGGAAAUUUCAAAGGUUGGGGGUGAGGGGGGAGGACGGAAGCAGGAUCCCAGGUGGGUGGUGUGGUGUUCAGCCUCUGCCUGGUGAGCCAAGCCGGACUUGGGAAGCCUUCAUCCUCCUCGAGGUCGGUGACUGUGCUUCCUCAGUCUCACACCGAAAAGGCUGCCACGUGCUCCAGAGCUAAAGCGAGGCGGAGAGCCUGCGCUUCCUCUCCAAGUCCAGGGAAAGGCUGGAGACCUUUAAGUCUAUCUAAUCUUUCCCCACCUCGAGCGCAGGCCUGCCCUCUGCCCCUCUCACUUGUGCUUCCGUAUUUGUGAUAACAUUUGUGUCGCCUUUGCACAGCCCAGUGGGCCAGCCGUGGGCGGGACAUCCUGUCAUUCACCGGUAGGAAAUGCACUUCUGCCUUCCCGGUGUCUGCGCUCCCCAGUGAAAAUGUGCUUGAUGUGUUUUUAGUGGAUCCGCUCUGAAAAGUAAUUUCGUUUUGGUUCUGUGAACUAUUUGCUUGCUUUCCCUCCCUGCCCGGAAAGGAACUGGGAAGUUAAGAGAAGAAGGACGAGAAUAGGACAGGGGCAGAGAGAUGACACUUCAGCCCGCAAGGGAGGAAGAAACCCUUUCCAUCCUAUAGAAUGGGAUCACAUCACUUAAAAAGAAUAGACGGGAAUUCUGGCUGUUUUACAUGGAUCUUCCUGCACACCAGUGCCCUCUGGGAAGGUUGAGGGAGCUCCUCCCUCCAUCCUCCUCACCUCGCCUGUAGGUCAGUGAACCAAGCUGGAGUUGCUGGUUAAUUUCUCUGGAGUCAGCAGGGACGGUUUGGGUCCCCCAUCCCCAUGGGGAUACAUGUCUGGGAGACGCACUCGAUCUCCGGAAUGGAGCUACAGCCUUCUUUCUGGCUGCAAACCUUCUUCCCCUAGACCGACUGUACGUUUUCAAGAAUGGCGGGUAAAGGUUUGCAAACCUUCAUGAGCCUGCGGAUCCCCUAGGGAGUUCCCUUAAAAUGCAGAAUCCUACACCCCAACCACAGAUAUUCCCAGUGGGACUGGGGUAGGGUCCAAGAGUCUGCAUUCUUACCUAACAGCACAGGUGGUUCUGAUGCAGGUAACCCAAGGAUCACACACCUUGAAAGCCUGAUGUUUGGGAUGAUCUGCUUUAAAACGCCCAGGGCCAACACACUCCUACUGGAAGGUUGGAGUUACCAUUCCUUGUCUCCUUCCCGGGGUUCACUCGGCAGGUCACGUGGUCCCCAAAGGACCAGAGGCGUGUCUCCGUUCAUUGAUUACCACUUAGAGCCACACUUACUGCUUCCCUCGGCCGCCUUUGACCACUGGGCAAGAUAACAGUGUUAACAGACCAGUGUUGAUAGCUCGUUAACCUUUAUGGAUUGUGCUUAAUACUGAUUUAGUACCUUGACUUCAAAAACUGACUGUUGCCUGUGGUAACCACUUCGGUAUUGCAUCUCAGCCACUUCUGCGCUGGGUCUUACAUGCCUAGGAGAGCAGCAGGCGAUGAAGGGCCUUGUUCCCUUGAGGAUAGGUGUCAGCUCCAUGCAACAGUAUUUAUGAGGCAUUCAUUCACUGUUUGUUAAGCACCUGGAU